GUCGGGAGAAAACAAGCGGCGGGUAUCCUGCUGUCCUCGCGCGGAACGCGGGCUUCUUGUCGGAAUUACGACGAAACGGGGGAGAACGUCGUCGCGAGAACGAGGGGACGAGGGUUGAUGCGACAGCGCUCGUGCAAAUGGUUACGCGCGGUUUUAUGAGUGCGAUGCGGCGGUACUCACCCCCUUCGGGAUGGCAUUGAACGACGGUGAAGUUUGGACAACGAUGAUGUGAAAAAAAGAAAAUCGAACGUUCGAUAAUACGGCGCGCCACGAUAAGUUCGUUGAAUCCCUUUCGAGGGGAGAUCCAGGCUCGACGUACUCGAUGCGAUUGGAAUGCACUUGAACGAAGGCGCUGCGGCAGAGAGAGGGUGACGCGCGGGUCGAGUGAUCAACGCGGAUUUUGUGUUGCACGCGUCGAGCGGUCCAGCGCCAAUCUCCGUGAAUUCCCUCUCCCUCUCUCUCUAUCUCUUCUUCUCUCUCUGUGGAAUUAGCGUGAGACCGUGAUCGCAGGGUGCCUGUCGUUCUGUCGUCGAGUUUCGAACAUCUCCAGCGAGUUUCCAGCGAGGAAGCGUUCCAACUUGAUCUUUGUCGGCUUGCGUGUGUCGUAUUGUUUCGGGCGCAGCCGGAUGCGACGUUGAGGGAGGUUGCGGAGGAUGCAGGCUGUUUGAAGGAACGGAGAGAUCGGAGGACACCCCGGUGUUCGGUGCAGCUUGUUUCAGCUGCUUUUAAUUGCCGAUCGCAUGUGGGUCACGAGUUGCAUUUACCGCUGCUAACGAGAUAGAAGAUUACUGAGCCAAGAGGAAGAAAAUGUGGAGCUCGGUUACUGCGGCCGGCACUGAAAACGGACCAGCACCGCCAUCGAGAAGCAAGCAUAGCGCUACUCUGCUUGCCGGUCACGUAUACCUUCUUGGGGGUCGAAAUGGAAAUUUACCCCUCAAAGAUCUCUGGCGAUACAGUCUCGCGGAGAGCAAGUGGGAGGAAUUGCACCCAGGGGGUGAAAGGCCGCCGGCGCUUCAGGAACACAGCGCGGUAGCUUACAAGGAUUGCCUGUACGUUUUCGGAGGCGAGCUGGGCUUCUCUGCUGGAACGGAAACGCCACUUUGGGUCUACAAUGUGAAGACCAAUACAUGGAGGAAGGUGAGGGCUCAACGGGGUUGCGCGGUUCCCAGGGGUCGCAGAGGUCACACCGCCCUGGUACAUCGUGGACAGAUGCUCAUAUACGGCGGCUAUCAGGACCUACGUGGAAGUUCUCCCGAACUGUGGGCUUUUCAUUUUGAAACGGAGUCCUGGCACCUGCUUUCCUCGAGCGAGAACGGACCAGCUGCGAGGCACAAGCAUUCGGCGGUUUUGCACGGCGACGCGAUGUACAUCUAUGGCGGAAUGACGGAUUUGCAAGAGAGGAACGACUGCUGGCGUUGGGACGUCAAUAGCGCUUCGUGGUCUAUGCUGAAGAAUAAACCUGGUCCUGGACCUCUCCAUGGGCACGCGGCAUGUAGAUUGCCGAGUUGCAUGCUCAUCUUCGGCGGUGAAAGUGGCGGUUUAGCGACCAACGAGCUUUGGAGGUUUCAUUUUGGUACGGAAACGUGGGAAAAGCUAACAGUGCCGGGACCGAAGCCACAACCGAGAGCUGAAAGCGUCGCUCUAGCAGUGUCUGAAUUGCUGAUUCGCGGGACAAGUACGGACAAUCCAAAACCAAGGUUGAGGAAUCAAAGGCCCAGACUAUCCAGCAACAGAAUGUCACCAAACGAGGCGCCCUCCGCCAGGCCAAGUUUCCUUAAGGAAAUCUCGAAAUUAUCGCAGAUAAAUCUGUCCAGGCUCAGCCAUCCGACCAAGUGUAGUUACUCAGUCCUCAGUGGACAUGACGACAACGAGGAGAGCCCUCAGGAGGCAAAUUCGUAUUAUCCUUUUCAGCAAGUGGACGCUGAAGUGGUCGAACCCACCACGGGGAUGGUAAAGUCCCGCAGUGCCAACACGCUGGCCCGUCGCAGGCAGAAAGUGUCGGAGGGGACGACGCGGACGGUCGACAUCGGCAAUACUAACAGUACCAUUUCUGGUAUGACCAGAGAUCCUAUAUCGGUGCCAAACUUUCGUGCUUUGACGUUACCAACCCCUGUUCUCACGCCUGUAGAGGCCGCGAGGUUGGUCUUCGUAGAUCCGGACGAGAACAGUGACGGUGAGGAACGCAAGGAGCCGCCCACGUCGAGACUAAUUGAGGUUCAAGAGGAGAGACGAGACUUCGCAGCGGUGCAUCAAGCAUGCCAGCCGACGCGCGGCGAGAGCUACAGCUCACACCUGUACGAAGCGGCGCUGCAAACUCCAAAGACUCCGACGACGACGAAGAUACCCACAUCCGCGUCCGUGAGAUUCGCCGAUCUCGAGGAGGGUGAGGAGUCGACGUCGGAUUACGCGAGUAUCGAGGCGAGAAGCCCGGGUGAUCCACUUGCGGAAGAUGACUGGGUGUCAGGCAGAAGAACGAAAUCGCACCGGCCGAUCGUCACCGCGUCGACGAUACGGGAGGGCCAGUUCGGCUUCUGCAAUCCGAAUUAUCUUGGUUUGGACGAAACGAGGAACCACCAUCAUCACCAUCAUCAUCAUCAUCAACAACAACAGCAGCAGCAGCAGCAGCAGGAUGGGAAGUACGCGAGGUUGCUCAAUAGCCCGCCUGACAGCGUAUUGGAAGACGAACCUGGUAGAUCGGCCUCGCAGACGUUCGCUGAACUGUUGGAACUCCAGGAGAUCAAAAGGGACAUCAAAAGAGCACCACCGAAGAGCCUGCCGCUCGGUUCGCCGUCCAGGAGAGCAGUGAGCGCGUCAAGGGCCGAGAGGCAAAGGGCGAAGGUGGCGGCAGUGGAUGCAACCGACGCAAAGACGCCUUCCUACGGUCCGGCGCCCUUGUACGUCUUUUUGGUCGGCGGCAAAGAAAAGGGUCAAGUCACGGUGUUCGCCAGGCCGGUCUCGCUCUGGAAGCUACAACUGGCGCCGCAUAUCUUCUAAGGAUGAUUGAUGGCCUGCAUUUUGGCCCAGUCAUCUGCGCGCCCUGCGUGAUAAGGAGUAAAACUCCGGUGAUUAAGGAAAGCGUCAACACGGCGUUUCGUAGAUAUUACUCGCGAUAAAACUGGCAUUCACGAGGAAUAAACUUUUUAAUCGUUUAUUCUCAUUAUCUCAUUUUCCCGUUUAUUCACGUUUUAGUAGAGUUGAAUUGAGCGUUAAUUUUAUCUAUGUUCUUCAUUACGAGGCGAAUAUGUUUUUAUAGUUGAGAGUGUUAACUUCUUACGUUGAUAUUUGUUACUCGCUAUUUGCGUUAUGUUUCUUACGUUGCACGCUCAAGUUUGGAAGAGGAAGCAAUUGGACGAAUCGAAGUAUCGCGUGACGUGCCGAAGCAUAAUCACCGUAUGUGUGCGUGCGUGUGUGUAUUUCUGGAGCAUUGCCAUCGAUGUAUUUUAAUGCGCAAUUUAGAAGUACAUUUUAUCAUGCAGAAAGUAAUCUAUCGUAAACGGAUAAUGUAAUCGCCGAUUUGAACGAGAAAUAGAAGUUUUCAUUUCUUAUUUAAUAAUGUGGCAAAACAGAUAGAUCGAUAUUUGUAGUUAAUAAUAAGUACGUAUCUAUGACGUAGACAUUCAGGACAAUUUAGGGAGAUUUUUUUCAUCCCGUUAUUCUUUCUUUUGUACACUAUAUUUCUCAAUUUAGAGAUCCAAUUAAAAUUUCUCUUAAUAAUUAACAAUUAUUAAGUAGAAAGAAAACUACUACUACAUUCGAAUUGCGUUGUCUUAUUUUUUUGUACAAAGAAUUAAUAUCUUUUUUCCAUUAGGUGUUUUACGUUUAUUAGAAAACAAAUGCAUCAGAUCAAUAUUUCUAUACUGUAUGUGAAUCUUAUGUACGUAAAGUAAAGCCAUCAAGCGAUACUUGCGAACUGCAAGUUCAUAUUGAACUAGCAGAUUCGACGCGAGUGUUCUCAAUGUAGGUUUUGUAAAAAUACGAUGAAUGUUCAAAUGAAAGCGCAAAUCAGGUCGCUGGCCGCCCUUCACUCAUUAUUGAUUGAAGCGCACUUUAUUGAUCAACCAUCUCUCGCAUCGCAGUCUUAUAAUCAUUACCACAUCCGUCUUUCACUUUUACGAUGCGUACUUAUUCAUAAGAUAAUAGGAUACCAGACUUCUCGAUUGCCAAAACACUGUUUGAGCUGUUUGAAUGAACACUAGUCAAAUGUAGAAAAUUGACCUGAUCUGCGCUCAACUAUCAUCGAACGUGCAAAACUUAAUGUGCGUAAAGUAUAAGUUAAAAAUUAGUGUCAAAUACGUAAGCUUAAGAGGAAGUAGAAUUGGAGAUGUGGAUCAAAUGUUGCGAUGUAUCAACGUGUGGUUGUGCCCACUCUAGAGAUUAUUACUGACCGACUCUCCUAUUCUGCGAUAGAUAGAUUUUUAUAAAAAAAUUCUAGCUUAUUUUCAGUCGACACGCGACGCAAAUCAGUAAACUGUAACCCCCUAGCAAACCGAAUUUACCGUUCUUGCGAGCGGAAUGUAGCCAAACAGACGCAAAAUUCUCGAAGCUCGAAAGCUAUGUGUAUAAUGUAUGUUGCCUAAAAAUUAGCGACAAUCUCCGCGAAUUAUUGAAAGAUUCCGAAGAUGCCAACAAUGCGCGUAAAACAGUUGCUCCCAAGCAUUCACCCGAAUGUUUUUCGAUUCUACGAUGUUUUUCGAUCAUCAAGAUCGAAUUUCGCAAGAGAAUCGCAAGAUGAAAUGUCAGUUUCCGCAAAUAUAAGUUAACUCGUUAAACUUUCAUCAUUUGUACCGCGAUUAUUGUGCGCGAGUAUAAUAUUAACGAAGACUAAGCACAAUUCCUUUUCCGAAACAACUUUUCUGAGAUCACGAGGUGCAAGGAUUUGGGAGCCACUGAUAUUACAGAAAGAACAAAAAAAGAAAAACAAUUGUGUUCCAAGAGACUAUAGUCGGUGUGUUUAGCGUCGGUGGUCUCGGUUGAUUGGGUCGUCGCUGCAGAUUGCGAAAUCGAUGAAAUCGAAAGUCUAUACCGUGAUUGUAUGUACGAUCGUAAUAAGUUAGUCGCAGUAAGCAGUAUAAUGUAAGUAGAACAGACGCGAGACGGUAAAGUACGACGGGAGCUCUCUUGUUCGUGUAGAAUUUUUAUGCCCGUAAAGGCCCAACCAUGUAAUCCAUCCAUAAGUAGCUAAGGUCGACGUGGCUUCUCAUGGGCUAGAUAUUGAGAGAUGCUUUUAUUACCGAACUUCGAUACGACAUAAAGUAUGGUCUUCUUUAGUGCUGCUUUACGAUGUUAUUCACGCUUCGAUCGCCACAAUUUAUUGCGGAGCAAAUAUUUAUUACGACAUAUAUGGAUGAGUAAUAAUUAAUAAUUACACUGCAAUCACAUCCUGGGCGAGUGCAAUAUUAGAAUUAUGAAGCAUGAAGCAAAGAGCUUGAACGAUGUUUCGUUAUGCAAAUCUCUUUUAGUUGGCAUAAAGCGAAAGUGACUUAUUGCUUGAUUUGAUUUGCGUAUACAGUUACCACUAGUUAUGAUCGUUUUAUUGAAGAAGAAUUGGAAGUUUAAGGUGUCCAUCUCUGCGAAAAGAAUUUCCUGAUAUCUAGUCUCGGGCCCCGAAAUACCCGAAAAUCAAUGUUUUCCAUUUGUAGAACUAGUCAAUUACAUCUCAGUGUACAAAACUUAAACUCUAAAUGUUUCGUAUUAUCUUUGCUGUACUGCAUUUACCCUCGUAUAGACAUUUCAUCUCGAUUGCAUUUUGCUUUCUAAAAGUUAGGAGUCAUCCACGUUUCCGUAAGGGAGUGCAUGAAUUUACAACGCACUCCACGCCAUUGACCACGUGGACACGAGCAACGAUUUCAUACGAAUCCAUAAUUGUCCGGAUACAAGCGCGUUUACGCGUGACACGUCAGUUUCGAGGAGAGAUGAGCAAGAAAUUUGAACAACGUGAAAUAGAAAUAACAAAAGCGAAAAUAUAUUGAAUUAUAUGUUUCUACUUCCUACUUGAAUCAAUAAGCUUAAACACAUUUAUAAACGCAUCCGCGUCGGCAUAAUUCAUGUGCCGCACAUGCACUAUCGAUUAGAAGAAAACCAAUCGAUUGUAAACUCUCCUUUACCAGUCCAAUAUCACAGAGCACAAUAUUUUUUCAGAAACCAAAUUUCCAACAAAGAAAUGACUCUUGUUCACAAUCAUUUCUAUUUCUACGUUUAAUACCGAGACAAUAUGUAAACUAAUAUAUAAUAUAUGUCAUGGGACGAAGCAUCGAAAGUAGAAGCAGACGAAUUGUGUAGAUUUAGUUUUGCAAAAUGCCAUGCCGAAAUCAUUGUAGUUUCAUGACAAAACGCAGAAACAAAAUAGAUUAUAUAAAAUAAGUAUCUCGUCAACAAAAGAAUUUCUCUGAAAACUUUAAAAUGUAUUAUAAAAAAUUGAUUUAGAAAUUACUGACAUAAAAUAUAUAAUACAAAGAA